GACAGAGCUUGCCCGAUUCUGCCUACACCCAACGGGCACGCUCAUCGCAAGGACGUCAGCACAUCCAUUCUGCAGCCUGCCGCGUUUAAAAUCUGAGCAGCCCUUGCUUGGAUGCAACCCUGGUUGAACACCACGAUGCGAGAGACGGUGAAACCUCGUCAAACAGAAAUCCUCCCUCGUGGCUCCGCACGAGCCCGACAGCCUCCGUUUUCUACCCGCGGCGGGCGCUGCGUGCCCAGCCGCGCUCUCCCUUCUCCUGCACGUUCUGAGAGCGCCGCGGCCCGGAAACGGAAGGAAAGGCAGUGGCGGAGCACAGGGUGGAGCGCCGCGCCGCGCGGGAUGCUGGGAGCGGAAAGGGGUGUGCUCUUUGGGAUAUCUUUGAGUGAAGUGAGAUUCUCCAUAACAUCUAAGCUGUGGAUCUCACUGCUGCAGGAGCCUGCAGAUAAACAGAAAUUCUUGGCUCGGCAAGUCAAACUCGUAUUCGCUAGAUACUCUGUCCAUGGCCAGGGAUUCGAAGUGUUUCAACACCAUCGAGAAAUUCAUGGCUUUAAUUGGACCCAAGGAAUUAGGAGGAAAAGUAGAUUUGACUCCUCUAUAAUACUCAUCUAUCAUUUCAUGAAUUUGGGUGCUGUAACAAAGCUAUCCUCCCAUGGUGCAUGUAGUAUCUUUAGAGCCAGUCGAUUUGAAGGUGAAGCCUCUGUGAAAGAAACUGCCAUGAUGAAAUCGUGGAGUGAUUCCCUUGGUGCAAGUUGUGAACUGGGUUGA